CUCUCCUCCUCCUCCGCUGCAGCUUGACUCCGUCACAACCGGCAUGUCUGCAAACUGAGAGGCUCGAGCCAUCCUAUUUUUUUUUUAAAGGUAUCAACUUGUAUUUUGCGUGCAUCGGCUAUAAACGAAGAAGCAGACCGGUGUUAGUCCUGCAGAGGGUUUUUUUUCUCCUAAAUUUGGCUGAGAGAGACUGGGACGAAGAUCCAAAUCAAGGUCCAUCCGUACCCGAUAACGUGACCACUGAAGGAAGAGAACACAGAACUGCUUCAUCAUGAAUUUUGUAAUGAAAGCUGCACUGGGAGGAGGGCCUCCUGAUGUGGGCAAAAUGCUGGGUGGGGAGGAGAAGGAGGAGGACCCAGAUGCAGCAAAGAAAGAGGAGGAGAGGCAGGAAGCGCUGAGACAGCAGGAGGAGGAAAGGAAGGCCAAAUAUGCCAAGAUGGAGGCUGAGAGGGAAUCUAUGAGACAAGGCAUCAGGGAUAAGUAUGGCUUGAAAAAGCGCGAGGAGGCCGAGGCUGAAGCGGCAGCUGCGGCAGAGGAGCCUGCGGCGGGCAGCUUGACCCGACCCAAGAAGGCGGUGCCAACCGGAUGUGGCGACGAAGAGGAGGAGGAGAGCAUCAUGGACACAGUGAUGAAAUACCUGCCAGGUCCGUUGCAGGACAUGCUAAAAAAGUAGGCUAGCAGCUAGCAUGUGCCAGUGCUAGCUAUUGUAGUUCACAGGUUGGCUUCAAUCCCAAACUGGCGCCAGAUUAGCGUUGUAAAUGAUCCAAAUUGGUUGAUUUCACGUUCACAAGAAGCAACAAUGUGAAUUGCAGCAGUCAGGCUAAGCUAGGCUACAUGGCGCCAUGCACUGGCCACGUGCGCCGUGCAGAGGGCCACAGACGCAACAUUUAUGGUCUUUACUUCUUCUGUGACUACUUUUAAACUCCCUUGAAGAGCUUGAAGCAACAACGUAAUGUCCUCCUUCACCUUGCUGUUCACUUUAAUUGUACAUAAACGAUCUAUAACAAGCCUCAAGCCAGGCCAAACAAUCAAAUCCAAAAUAUACUGUAUACAUUUAUUAUACCGUGUGUCUGUCUCCCAAAAUAGAAAAUGUGAUGACUUGAUAAGCCAUAUUUAAAAAAAAAAAAAAAAAAAGAUCUCAAUGUGUCCGUGUGCUCCUAAAGCUGCUGUUGUGUCUCUCACCUUUUUUUGCACAGUGUUAACACAUUCUCCGUGGAAAAGUGUCGUCUUUCUCCCCCGCCUUCAAAGUGUUUGUGUAGAAAAUGUUCAGUGUGUCGGAACUUCUUAAGUCCUGCAUGCCAUUUGUCUUGACACGUUGUGUGACUAUGUAAGCCCUCCCCCCUCUUUUUAAUCCUCUUCUUUGUUAUGCAAAAAAUACUAAGGCAAUAACUCCUCAGUUUGUGUGUUUUCUCAUAUCGAUAUAACCUUGAAUAAUGAUACUCGUAAGAAUAAAGCAUUUAGGAUAAUUUCAUUUGCAAGGGGUUCUUUAUUGUUGCAGUUGUUAUUAAAAAAAAAAAAAAAAAAAAGACUGUCGUGCAGGUUUUGACAAGAGCCAACAGCUUUAAAACUACAACUAAUAACACAAUACUUUUACCAUCAUUCACCAGAGAGAGAAUCUUUUCAGAAGCAGUCUUGACAAUUGUGAUUUUGUUUCGUGCCAACUUGAUGGCUAGAAAUGACCUCCACGCACAUACAUACACUGAAGUGACCACAUAAUACAAAUAAGUGUUUAACUGAGGUUUUAUUUAUUGUUGAAUGGGUGUGAGAACGAGCCGUCGAGGCGACAUAGACCUUCAUGAGCAAUAAGGGAUUAUUAUGUAUGUUUCUGCCUGAUAAAUCAAUAAAGGUUUAAUAUCUUGUUCACACCAGAAA